CAUCGUCGGUUCUUGAGCGAUGUUGCCAUCGUAGUUUCGAUGCCAGUAAUCGAUACUUUUUGUUGUAGUUGUACAUUUUUCGCCAAAAAUAAUAAUAAAAGUGAAAAAUUUUUUUUGUUAAUAUACGUUUAUUUGUUGUACAAAGGAGAAAAUGUUAUUAAACUGAUUGGCCGCCCCAGCAUUUUCGUGACCCCCGCUCCAAAUACAACAAAAUCGAACGGCCGCCAGCAACAACAAGGUGCAGUAAAUAUUCAGUGCGCUGCGCCUAUCGCCUUCUUUAACCGCCAAUCGCUCCUGCUCCUGCCCACUAACCAAGUCAAACCAAAAGAAGAGAUUACUCUCCAAGCGCCAGCGGAAGUGAAAUGAUAAAGUCCACCACGAAUCCACAGGAACAGCGUCUGCCACGCCCCGAGGAUCAGUCGCCAGCGCCGCCGCCGCCCCCCUCCUCAGCCACCACCUCCACCGCCGCCCCAGCCACGCCCACGCACCAAGUGGCCACCGUGAUAGCCAACAUGGACACCCUGAAGACCGCCUUUCUGCCCAAUCUCAGCAUGGACCCCAAUGUGCACGUGUCGCCGCACUAUUGUCCCAUGUGUCACCAGCAGUUCGAGCGGCCGCAGCACGUCGCGGAUCACAUGCAGCUGUGCCACGGGAUCACGCUGAACGCCCAGGGAGCCAUCGCCACGCUGGACGGUGGCCAUCCGCAGGCACAGCAGCACCCCAAGCUCAGCCACCCCUGCUUCAAUUGUGAUGAAAAGUUUGGCAAUGCCGUCGAUCUGGACGAACACCAUCGGCUGGCCCAUCAGACAUCCGCCUUCCUGGCCCGCUGCCUCAUAUGCAGCAUCUAUGGCAUCCACUCGGCCACCCAGCAGCCCAACGAGUACAAAUGCACGCAGUGCGGCUCCAUUUGCACCACCGCCAUGCUGGCUGCCGGUCAGCAGGGCUUUAUGGAACAGCAGGAGGCGGCGGUGACGCCCGACGAUCAGCUGCCGGCGAUGGCGCCCCGUGAUAUGAGACUGACGCCCGAGGAGCAGCACCACCAGCAGCAACUGCAGGCGGAGCACCACCAUCAGCAACAGCACCAACAACAACAGCAGCAGCAGCAGCAGGAACUGCUGGAGCAGCAGCAGCGUGAAAUGCAGGAGCAGGCGCAACAGCAGCAGGUGCACCAUCAUCAGCAGGAUCAGGAUCUCGCCGGCGACCAGGUGUCGCUGAAGGUGCCACCACUCACCGUCAAGCUGAACAAGAACGCCAACGGUGGCACCAUUGUGGCCCAUCCGCAGGUCAUUAUCAAGGAGGAGCCACUCAGCCUGAGCGACAGUGGUGAUGUUGUCAACUCUGUGCCCGUCUAUGCCAUACAAGCCAAUCCCGGUGUACCCGCUCCGGCCAGUUCGGGUGUGCUAGUCGGCACGCAAACGGUGCCCGCCGAUCUGGCGCACAAGAUCCGGCACAAAUGUCCGGAUUGUCCAAAGACCUUCAAGACGCCCGGCACGCUGGCCAUGCACCGCAAGAUACACACAGGCGAAGCAGACGCCACGCCCAAAGAACGCCCCUACACGUGCUCCUACUGCGGCAAGUCCUUCACUCAAUCGAAUACACUAAAACAGCACACUCGCAUACAUACAGGUGAGAAACCAUUUAGAUGUGGCUAUUGUGGCAGGGCGUUCACUGUUAAGGAUUACCUGAACAAACAUUUAACGACUCACACGGGAGAGAAGCCGUUCCACUGCGGUUACUGCGAGAAGUCCUUCAGCGUGAAGGACUAUCUGACCAAGCACAUACGGACGCACACCGGCGAGAAGCCGUACACCUGUCCGUACUGCGACAAGCGCUUCACGCAGCGCAGCGCCCUCACUGUGCACACGACCAAGCUGCAUCCGCUCUAGGGAAGGCCGGGCGGUGGCCGCCAGAUACCCGUUCCUGCCCCAGCCGCUCCUCCUCCUCCUCAUCCUCCAAAUCCUUCUGGUCAUGGUGCGCCGCCGCCGUUGUCCGCCGACACGGAUACAGAUCCCAAGAAGCCAUCUGCGGCGGCUGCGGCAUCGGCUUAGGACGAACUGCAGCGGAAACGGGAUGAGCAACCCAAAAAUGAAAGACCAUUUCAAAGACGAGACACACUCACGUAGACGGGAGUUAUGCAACUGCAGCGGAUGCAACGACUGCAACCAACGACUGGCAAAUCUCUUCGCAGUGCUGCUAGAUUAAAUUACUAAAUUAGAUACAUACCUUCAUUUCGGUUAACACAGAAGCAGAUGCAGAAACAGAGUUGUACUAAAUUAGCAUACAGUUCGUAGAAUGUUUAAGUUAUUGCAAUCGAUUUUUGAUUCUUAUUACUAUUUGGUUAUGUAGAUGUUUUGCAAUUUUAUUUUUAUACACCUAUGUAUAUCGUAUAUAAUAUUUUGUUAUUCUAUGAGAUUUUAUAUGGUGACUCCAUAGCGCCAACUCACUUACGCGCGGCGCUAUACAGACACACACACACACACACACCCAAAACUACACACAACACACAUCUAUUAUUUAUAAAGAGAGAGAAGAUAUUUUUACUCAUAUACUUUGUGGCAAUAUUAUUUUUAUUACUUCCUGAAAUUGUUUGUAAAUGUUACUGAAAGCAGCAAAACAAAAAAAAGGUAAACUCAUGUCUACGCGCAAAACUUAAAUUAUUUUUAUAAAUUAUACAUCUAUUUUAUUCGAACUCAAAACAACACAAAAUUAUUUAU